AUGCAGCCUCCAUCGCAAGAAGUUGCUUCGUUUUAUGAAAGCGAAGCGCCGGUCCUUGAGCAGUCAGUCAAAUGUUCCCAUUCCGAUGCUCUGGAAACUUUGUUUUUAUUGACGAAAUUUCCAACUAGCGAUAAGUCAGCAUUGGGAAUGCAAAUAACUCGACAUAUAAUGGAUCCCUUUGAUCGAGAACUUCGACCCAUUAGUGAAAUUCCACCGACAUACAGAAGUGUAUUUGCCGGAUAUCCAACAUUCAACCGCAUUCAGUCUGCUGUUCUCGAUGAAGUGCUUCAGACUGACAAGUCGUUGGUUAUAUCCGCUCCGACAGGAUCCGGAAAGACUGCUAUUUUCGAAAUGGCUAUGAUACGUGCUCUUUGUCAAAAUGAAAGUUCGGCUUUUAGUGACUUAAGAAUGGUAUACAGUAAGUAUAAAGCAGAAAUUUCAAUCAUUUCAUUACAAUAUAUUUCAGUUUCGCCAAUGAAAGCUUUAUGCCAAGAGAGACACUUAGAUUGGAACAAAAAAUUCUCUAGUUAUGGGUUGAAAAUAAUAUGCAUUACAAGCGACUACGAAAAUUUUAAUAUGCAGCUUAUUUUCUCCAACCACAUAAUUCUGUGUACUCCGGAGAAAUGGGAUAUUUUAACCCGGAAGUGGAGAGAGUAUGGUCAUUUCGUCCGACCUAUAAACUUGUUCAUGAUAGAUGAAGUGCACUUACUCAAUGCCGACGUUAGAGGACCUACACUCGAAGUAGCGGUUUGUCGAAUGAAAACUAUCGAAACCUUCAUGAAUGCAAACAACCCGAAAAUACGCUUUAUAGCAUUGUCAGCAACCAUCGCAAACGUGGAAGAUGUGGCAGAUUGGAUCAGUGGUUCCUGCACUACACAAUACUACAAGUUUUCCGAAGAAAUUCGCCCCGUCAAGCUUAAUAAAAUCGUGCUAGGAUAUCCAAUUAACUCCCAAGUUUCCAGUUUGUUCAGAUUCGAUAUGUCGUUAAGUUACAAACUCCCUAGUCUUAUAUUGAAAUAUUCCGAAGGAAAACCGACCCUGAUUUUCUGCAAUACCCGCAAAAGUGUAGAAAUGACGGCCAAACUUCUUGUCGAACAAUUGCAAAUUCACCUGAGCGAGGUGCAAAAGCAAGCGUUGCUUGAAGUUCUCGCUGAGGUAAAUGAUCCGAAGCUGCAAAAAUGCGCAGUCCACGGAAUUGGUUUUCACCACGCCGGAUUGAUAAUGCAAAAUCGACGUGCAAUUGAAAACGCCUUCAGGGAAUGCAAACUGCCCAUUUUGGUAACGACAAGUACCCUCGCGAUGGGUGUGAAUUUACCAGCACGUCUAGUAAUAGUAAAAACGACAAAAUCGUAUGACGGGAAUGGUCGGUACAAAGAUUACGACGAGAUAUCGCUCUUCCAAAUGAUAGGUAGAGCCGGACGAAUUCAGUUCGACACACAGGGCACCGCCAUCAUAUUAACCACGUCGCAGGAUAAGGAAAAGUAUGAGAAAAUGUUGAAUUGCGCGCAACCGAUAGAAUCGCAGCUUCACAAAUGCCUCAUGGAGCAUUUAAAUGCCGAGAUCGUGUUGAAGACGAUUACGGAUUUAGAUGUGGCAAUGAGGUGGCUUUCUUCAACGUUCCUGUACAUAAGGGCUAGGAAAAAUCCGGAAAAAUACAAACUUCCGCGGGGACUGAAGCCCGAUCAGAUUGACAAAAAGUUGCUAGAGAUAUGUCAGGUUGACCUGAACAAACUCUCAAGCGGUGGAAUGAUUAAAAUCAUGCAAGGAAUAGAAAUUACGCCAACCGUCAUUGGGGAGAUUAUGGCAAAAUACUAUGUGGCGUUUGACACGAUGAAGCUCUUCACAAAGUUAAACGGCAAUGAAAACUUAAUUCAGGUACUCGGUUUGAUUUCUCAGUGUCACGAAUUUUCUGAAAUAUUUUUGAGAGUGAACGAUAAAAAAGUAUUAAAUUUUUUGAAUCACAACUCAUCCAAAGAGGAAAUCCGUUUUCGCCUAAAAGGAAGGAUCAAAACUGUAGAUAUGAAAGUAAAUUGCAUAAUACAAGCAGUGCUCGGCAAUUUAGAAAUCAGCGAGCAAUCAAUAAUCAGCGACUCUCACCGGAUCAUGAGAAACUGCGAGCGUAUUGCGAGAUGUAAUUUUUUUUCUAAUGCUCGCCCGAGAUUAGAAAUCGAUUCGAUUUAUUUUCCAGGUUUAAUUGAAUAUCUGGAGACACGAUCAAACGCCUACCAGGCAUUGCUUAGCGCCAUAAUUAUGGCGAAAUGUUUUCACGCGCAGUUGUGGGAAAACUCUCCCUACGUGUCUAAGCAACUGUCGGGAAUCGGUCCGGUAAUAUCCAGGCAAUUAUCGAAAUCUGAAAAGAACACGUUUCAGAAAAUUGCGAAUACCAAUCCAAGACAACUCGAAAUGAUCACUGCGAAAAAACCACCGUUCGGAAAUCAAAUCAUCGAUCAAGUACAGCAUUUGCCUCGCUACGAAAUAAAACUGGAAGUGAGCGAUACAAAUAUCAAGCUGACAAUCGCGUUGGCCAAUGUUAAUGCUUUAAAAGAAAAGUGCUCGGUGAAUUUCGAGUCGACGAUGACGCUCUUGGUUGGCAAUAGUAAAAACGAAAUUCUUCUUUACGAAAAAUAUACGCAUGAAUGUAUGAUUCAUAAUCCCGAAGUGAUCAGGAAUAUAGAACUUGAAAAAUCGAGUGUUGAAUUUGUGGCCGCGGACUUCAUAAGCGACGAUUGGGUUGGUAUCGAUUGCAGCGCAAAGUGCGAACUAACUAAAAAUAAGCCACCCAAAAAUUAUCAAGAUCCGAAUCCAGGGCAGACAUUUUUGGACAUGUACGCUACAAGACAAAAAGGCAAUAACAACAAAAUUACCGCGACCAACUCGAAAAGCAGAUCGGUAGAAGAAAACCAUUCCGCUAGAAAAAAGAAACCAGUUAAAGAAGCAAACCCGAAAACUCCGACGAAUGCUUCGCUAGAAGAAAAACACACCCUUCCAGAGACUAGCGAACCCGCACUGACAGAAAGUGGCGCCAAGGGAACUAACCGAAAUGAUAACGUCAAUUCUGACUCGGAGGAUCUCUUUCCGGAAGGUGAGAUGGAAAAUUGGGACGAAAUUUUCGACAAAGUUUUAAGUGAACAAAACGCUGCCGAUGAAACGGAAAAAGACAAAUCAAAAUGCACGGACGUUGCAAAAAUUGAUGCUAACGAGAAUAUACCGGAGACGAAAAAAUACAACUUGCAAAAUACAUUCGAACAAUUUUUCGACCCAGAUCUGUUGCGACUGUUGUGUGAAAAAUAUAACUAUAAACAAUCCGAGAAUAUAUCUGAAGUCGAAGAUGUAGCAGAAAAUAACAAACCGAAGAAAAUUGAAAGCGAAAAUGAAAAUUCUAAAUCCUCGCGUGAAACGGAUAACAAACCAUAUUCCAUGGAUAAACCAGAUUCGACUGGAAACGAAAUGCCUUUUGGGAUUAUAGAAGAAAUAGAAAAUAAACAAAUUGAGCAAUCUAGUGAGUUCAACCCAGACAGCGAUUCUUUGCUAGGACUACAGAGCAAGACAAUUCGCUGGCGUUCACCUCUGAUUCAUUCACCACCGAAAUUCGGUUUACUUAAUUUUCCAAAGGUUAAUUCUAGAGAAGUUCACAGGCAGGGCCACACAUUUUCUUACUUUCAAGGAAGUGACGAAACCAACACAACGGUAAGAAGUGUCCGUACUCCGACGCACUCUCGUGAUCGUCAAAAUGAGUCGAGGGGAAAAACAAAAUUUCCACUUAGCGAUCGCGAGUGUUACGAGGCGGAGUUAGCGACCUCGUCAAAACGAAAGAAAGACGGCGAUCCGUUGGACGUCCCCAACAUAUCGAUAGUGGAAAAAAACGAAAAUCUCAAUAUAAGCGAUUACUGUAAUCAACUAAUCAGAUCCCAAAAAUUAAGAGAGAUGGAGCAACGAAAGCCGCGCACCCCAUCUCCCACCGCAAAUAAGUCGCGUCCUUCGCUCGACCAUUCGAAGAAAUUCGAAACUCCAAAUCGAAAUUUAAACAGGUCUCCUCCAUUUGACGGUUAUCGCGAGAACGACCGCGAACAGAUAGCGUUUCAUCCUAACCGAUACCCUUUCCGCGACGCCAAUACUUCGCAAAUGCCAGAAGUGUAUUUGGCACACCCGAACGCCAUUUAUAAACCGCAACAUCGCUACGUUCAAUAUCGUCAAACACCAUACGAAACGUUUUCAACAAACACCACGAAUUGCGCUUGCUGCGAGAAGAAUACUUAUUCUGCUCCUACCAGGAUCGUCGACGACAUAAAUAGUUGUCACCACACCCACCUAAACCGUUUUCAUAAUCCUUAUCUAACGCCGAGCCUACCCUCGGCAAACCAGAGCCUCUGUUUUAAUCGGAUCGAUGAACCAUUAAUGCAAAGUCCCUAUCUCGCUACAAAUCCACACCACCACUGGCCUGAACAUUGCUUUCCGUUAAAACGUAGCCCAUAUGAUGACAUGUGUGAGCAGGAAAACUCCAAACGCGAUGAAUUUGAAGAAGGCUAUCAGGCUAGACAAAUGGAACAUUAUCUAGACCGCAAUGCCCAGCGCGUGAUUGACCCGCGCUUCCCAUACACUGAACGACAUCCGGUUCAACUUUCUAAACCGACACCGAGGUUUGGUAACGAGGAAAACGUGGCGAUGCGAGAUGGUUUCCCUUCCCCGCCCUUCAGUGAUUUAAGUUCCGUCAAUUAUUAUCCUUAUCGGUCGCCGCUGCUGCCACGGAAUGCGGAACACCAAGAGAAGGAGCAUAGAGUGCGCGGCGGUCGCUUUGACCUUACUGGAAACGAUAUUCGCAACUCAUACGGUAAACCACAAAAGCCAAAGUUCUUACCCAAGAACAACGCGGUUUCAAACCAGUUAAAAACGGAGUCAUUUUGUACGACGCGGGCUCCCAAACAAACAUUCGUUGAACAGCAGAGCUUCGAGCAUCGGCUAAACGAAAUGACUGUCCCACAUCAACAGACUCUGAUGUACAGAGGUAUAAUAACUGAUCGGCAAGUAAGACACAAUCGACCAGAUAUAGUGGUUCUCGACAAGAAAAAGAAAGAAGGGUUUCUGAUUGAAGUGAGCAUCCCAUUGGACGAAAAUGUAGCUAAGGUAAGGACCGAUAAAAUUACUAAAUAUCAAGAUCUAGCACACAAGCGAAAAAGCACAUACCACCUUGCAAAGGUAUCCAUAAUUCCAAUCAUAAUCUCUGCAAACGGAAUUGUGGAAAAAGAACCUGCCGAAGUGUUUACAACUUUUGGAUAUAGAAAACUACAAGAAAAUUACCACGCUGGUGCAGAAGGCGACAAUACUGGGCACGUGCAACAUAGUCCGAAGGUGAACGUUACAGUUCGUAGAAUAUGGCAAAAGGAAUUAGAGGCGACUAUGGAGGAGAUCGUAAUAGAUGACGACAAUAACAAUGAAAGUCCCACAGCAGCGGCGGCAGCACCAGAAGUGUCGGGUUCUGUGCCGGUCCGCGUUUCCCGUUGCCGCCGCCGCGGCCUCCGAGGGUGUCAGACGUACAACGACUACGACGACGGCGACGUCAAGCAGCAAUGA